AUCGCUUCCGACUUAUUCCUCCCCUCACAAAUUAUCGAUAGAAUAGAUACAAAAUUGUAACAAAAUACUUUAUACAUUCUAAAGCCAAGAGCUACAAUGGCUCGCGAAUAUGAUCAUCUAUUUAAACUUUUAAUAAUAGGUGAUAGUGGUGUAGGAAAAAGCAGUUUAUUAUUACGUUUUGCAGAUAAUGUUUUCUCAGGGACCUAUAUAACAACUAUUGGAGUCGAUUUUAAAAUCCGCACCAUAGAAGUCAAUGGGGAGCGUGUUAAAUUACAGAUUUGGGACACAGCAGGACAGGAGAGAUUCAGAACAAUAACAUCAACAUACUACCGAGGUACACACGGAGUCUUGGUGGUUUAUGAUGUGUGCAGUGGGGAGUCCUUCGCUAACGUCCAAAGAUGGCUUCAUGAGAUUGAUCAGAACUGUGAUGUAGUCAAUAGGAUAUUAGUGGGAAAUAAAGAUGAUGACCCUGAUAGAAAGGUCGUGCUGACCCAAGAUGCUCAAAGGUUUGCGGAACGUAUGCAGAUCCAGCUGUUUGAAACCAGUGCAAAAGAAAACAAAAAUGUAGAAGAGAUGUUUAUGGCAAUAACUAAACUAGUUCUCGAGUCCAAACGGAAGAUGCAGGAAGAGGCCAAAAAACCAGCUGCCAACACAAUACGCGUGGGUCCCAGUUCAGCUAAACAGGCCAAGAAAAAGUGCUGUUAAUACCUAGAUAUUUAAAGAGUUUGUUUUUCUGUCACAUAGUUAGUUAGGUUAGGUCUUGUAUAUCAUGUUUUUGUGUACAAAUGGCAUGUGCUGUAUUAGGCUAGGUUGUCUUGUAUACAUUUACAUACAAAUGACAUGUUCUUUGCUAGGUUAGGCCAUGUUGAAUACAUUUAUUUACAAAUGAUUUGUGCUAUGUUAGGUUCGGCUUUCUUUUUUUAAAAUUUUUUAUUUUGUCUAUGUACAAAUGACAUACAUUACAUUGUUGUAAUAUUUGAUAGUGCCAUUGGAAUAUCUUGUUAACAUACAGACUAUGAAUGAACGGCAAGGAGGCUUUUCAUUCUUCAAAAGUGAUUAAUUCUGACUAAAAUAAAAUGUUUUUAGGCUUCCUUUUUAAAAGGUUAAACUUCAAUGUCCCUGCUGGAGGGAAGGGGAAAACCAUAUUUCAUUUUUAAGGCUUCCCUCUACCCCUCACGUCUGAAUUUUUAAGCCACAUGGUCUGUUUAGAACAAAGGAGCGGGUGGGUAUUAUAAUAUUAACAUGUUGAUGCGUUGCUAGCUAUCUUGAGGCAUUGUUUUCACUAUCUUGCGUUUUUCCAAGAUGGCUGUCAGUAUUGUCCUAAGUAAAAAUGGAUUGAUAACAAUUUGAAUUACUGCUAUGAAGUCUGAGAAAGAUUACAAAUUUAUUGGUAAAAAAAAAAAAUGUCGUUUGAAAGAUAAUAGCGGUUUUUGCCUUUUAUAGAAGCUGAAUUGUUUCGAUUCUAUCGAGUAGUUCUGUGUGCUUUUUUUUUUUUUUGUUUUAAAUUAAUGACUAGAAGAAGCAAGUUUCUUUUCUUAUUGCCAUAAAUAUUGUUUUAACUUGCAUACAAGUACUGCGUAACUGCCUGGACCAGUGUUUUAUCUUGCAUUGCGAGACAAAAGCUUGGUUCAAGAACUAUGAAGUUCUACGUCAUUUAUUUUGAGUGUUGACGUUGUCUUGGAAUGGAUUGAGAGCUCCUGUGUACAAUACUGCUAUCUGUAUAAUUGUAUUUUAAAAACCUAUGUUUGUAUAUAUUAAUUGCUGUAUUGUAUCUAGGCUUGGAUGUUUUGAUGAAUUCUUCCCAUGUAUGUUGACCACGAUAGAUGGUUGGUACGUAGAAAGUGUCUCCAUAUGAUCACACUCUCAAUGCACUUUGGUUUCACAUUGUAUUCAUAGAAAAAAAUGGGUUGGGGGGGGCAUAGGAAAUGUGAAUAUAAAAAACAAAACAAAGAAAGAGUAAGUUAAAACUUUCUAUUAAUUUGUUUCUUGAUUUUCAAUGUCUGGUGUAAACUUUUUAAUGUUCUGGAAUUUCUUUUCCUGAUCAUUCACAUUCUUGAAACACAUAAAUGGGAAUUGUUUAGGCUAGCAAUAGCUUAGAUCAGUGUUUCCCAAAGUGGGGUACGCGUACCCCAUAGGGGUACGGGAAAAGUUUGAAGAGGGUAUGCCUUGCACAUAGCUAACUCUAAUGAUUUUUUUUUAUAAAUACCCAUUUAAUUUAUAAAUUGGAAUAAAAUAUAAGUUUUAAAUUCUUUUCAUUAUUUAUUUUAAGUGUUUACAAACUCAGAUACAGUGCUAUUUUAGAUUUUAAGACUAAUUUCUAUUAAAAUCUAGAAAUGGAUGGAGAUGUUACAACUUCCUUUGACAUGCCCACUUUUUCAAUGUAAAAACUAUUUCCAUUUUUUUUAGAAUGUAUUUGAUGUGUCUCUGAAGCAAAAAAAACAACAAAAAACUCCUUAAUUAAAUACUUAAUUUUGAUUAAUUAUUAUUUUGUGAAUGAAGGCCUACAAAACAAAAAUAAAAUAAAUUUUUAUUGUUAUUAAAAUAAAUCCUUUUUUUUUUUAAGGGAAGAGUGGUGGGAGAGGGGUAUACAGCGUUACGAAAAUUCUUGAAGGGGUACGCAUAGGUAAAAAGGUUUGGGAAACACUGGCUUAGGACAUAGUUUGAAAUUGUGCUUAUCAUAGAUUGGUGUUGAAUUGGUUUUCUCCUUCUCAAGGUGCAAGCUUAAUGCCUGUGAAUUGUUUGUACAAGCUCAGUAUUUCAUGCAUUCUUAUCCCAUAUGCUGGGUAGAACAAAUUUUUUUUGUCCUCAACUUGUUUGUAGUUUGCCUUUUUGUGGUGAGUCUCUUGAAUGUGAUUAUCAUGUACAUUUCUAGAGAAUGUUGAUGUAAUUAUAGCAAUAUAAACAAUGUACAAAUUUGUUUUGGCUGGUCCAUUCUAAAACAAAUAACAUGUCAGAUGUUAAUAGUUGAUCAGCUCAAGAUAAUGUAUACAUAUAUAUAUAUAUGGCUCAUUCUGUUUCUAAAGAGAAACGCCUUUCUGGGGCACAUUCCUGAGUCUUAGAUCUAGGGAUCAUGGGAAGCCAGUGCACUUUAGUUCCUCUAUCACAAGUCAGUUGCAGGAGCUGCUGGAAGGAAUACCAUUAUUCGGAAUUCCAAUACCAAAAACAACCCACUCAUGAUUUUUUCUUAAGGUUAAUCCCUUAAGCCUUUAGGUGCAAAGCUGUAGAGUUUGGACUGCAAGAAAUCUUCUUUAAGGUGAUUUAUCUUUCUUGGAUGACAUACUCUUAUCUGUCUCAAGUUCACUGCUUUAUAAAUACAGGUACCUGUCAAAGCAAGUUUCACCAUGCUUAACCCAAACGGGUUGGAAGGUGCUGCGCUUGGUUGUCAAAGAUUCCAUGUUAUUUAGGAUUAUCUUGACAACAGUAGGAUCUUUAUCUCUUUAGACAGCCCUGCUAUAAGGCUCAAGAUAAAUACAACUACUUUAAUGCUCUGGGUUUUAACAUCUGGACAUGUGCAAUUUUAAGUAGAUUUAAGUAGAUAUCCUGAUUCACAUUGUUUAUUUGAAGUACAGUAAUUUGGUUUCAUCCUGUUUUGAUAAGAUAGAAUUUUACUGAAACUAAUUUAAGCUAUUUAAAUGUAGGCCAGUGGUUCUUAAACUGUGCCACUUUUCAUCUCCAUGAAGUUUUGUACUUUAUAUUUAUUUGGGAAACUAUUCAAAAUGUGUGCAUGGAAAAAAAAAAAAAGAAACCAAUUUUCUGCAUAAGCAAAACAUGCAAUCCAAAGAAGGAAAGGUUUGGCCCCCUACUUCAAAUCUCUUAAGUUUCUCUAUCAUUGGGUAAUACUUUCACUGAUUUCACUGAUGGCCUAAAAGUCACUAAUAUGUUUGUUUGAACCUCAGUUGGUGAUGACUUGUACAUCAUUCCCUUAACAUAAGCUUAGAGAACAUUACAUCCUUUGUCUGAGUAAAGAAGCCCUGCUUAUUCUUUGUGUGAUAAGAAAGAGCUGGAUAUUUGUUCUAUCUAUAUUCUUUGACUCAGCACAGUAGGCCAAUAUGAUUUGGGAUUUAUCCCUUUAAGAUCCUGUUACCAUGACCCAAGUUGACUUGAAAGACAGUGCUUGCGCAGCAGAAUGAUCAGGCAUAUCUUCAGAAAUAGUUGACAACUUGUUUGUAGAAUCAGUCAAAAAUCUAAAGAGACGUCUAAAAAGUAAUAGUCUAUUAAAGAUUGACUUCCUGACGGAUCAUUCCAGCAAUGUCCUGCAAUGAUUUGCUUAUUGAGCAAAUACUCUUUUUAUGUGCAACUCUUGUCAUUGUUUGAAUUUUUGUUGAUAGUUUCUGUUUUAAUGUCAUUGAUUGCAAUAUACAUGUUUCUGUUGUUAGAACAGCUUUUCUAUUCAUUCUGUUUCCUGGCAUCAAUGUGUGCAAAUGCAAUGAUCUAACUUUCGGAAGUCGAUGUUCUUUCAUUGGUAUUAUUGUUUUGUCCCCAUGAUUUGACUGGAUCAUGAAAUUACUGAGUGUAGAUUUGGUUUCCUUUAUUUAAUUUUGUAUUUGCGUCAUUGUAACAUAUUUUUUUUUUCAAGAGUGUUGAAAUUUUUGAAUUUUAUUAUCUAUUGUGAUUGAUAGGUAAAUCAAAUCUAAUUCUAGUGUACAUAGCCAACUGUAUUUUUAGACUGCAUUUCUAAUGUGGGGUGUACAUUUCUUUGGUGAUUAAUUUUGAGCAUAUUUUUUUUUUCCCUGUGAUUUUUAAACAGAUUCUUAGUUUUUGAUAACAAAGUUCUAAAAGCAUAAUUUAGUUCUGUGGGACCAAUAUCAUAUCUAUCCCCCCCCUCCUUUUUUUUUUUUUAAAUUUACCUCCACCCUUGCUUCACUCUCCUUUUUCAAAAAACAAAAUUUCUGUGAUUUCUAGUCUUCUAAAAUACUAGUUUUUUUUUUUUUUUUUUUGAACUCAUAUUUAAAAAGAUCAAAUAUUUAUUAAAUAUACCAGUAGCAUCAAUCUGAUAAAUAAGCACUCCUGUCCAGAAUGACAUCAGAUGGUUAGUUACUUUGGAGUCCUGAGAAACAAGGUAGUUCUACUAUCUUGUGAUUUUUUUUUUUAUAUUUGAUUAAAACAGUACUGCCUGGUACUCUAAUAGUUGUCCUUGAUUCCUUUGUUAACAUUCAUUGACUAGUGUAGUCAUCACUCAAAGAGGGCUGGUCAAAUCCUCCUGAAGGCUUGAUUGUUGUACUACAUGCAUGAGUAACGCAGAAAUGUUAAUAACCAUGAUUUGUCUAGUUCUUUUCUCUCCAAAUAUUUGUACAACACUUGAACUGUCAUGUCAAUUAAAUAUAAACAACAUGAAAAAAAAAAAAAAAGAUGUCUAGUGUUUUUGUUAAACACAUGAAAUACUUCAAUGUCCCUGCAGGAAGGAAAAAACUUCUAAAUUUUUAAAUCACAUGCUCUAUACUUGUAUGGAGGCGUGCACACCAGCAGGGGCUUUUGGGAGGAAGGAUUUAAGUUUUAUAUUAAUUUAGCCCAUUAACUGACAAGUAAUGCUAUAUAUAUAUAUAAAAUCAAGGGUUCAUAAAGCAUAGGAAGCGCAGUGGCUGAGUGGCAAAGUGCUUGGCUUCUGAACCAGGGGUUAGGGUUCGAAUCCUGGAAUUUUUAAUUUCGGGAUCUUUGGGCGUCUCUGAGUCCACCCAGCUCUAAUGGGUACCUGACAUUAGUUGGGGAAAAGUAAAGGCGGUUGGUCGUUGUUGCCUACAUGACACCAUCGUUAACCAUGGGCCACAGAAACAGUUGUCCUAUACCCUCGUUAACCGUAGGCCACAGAAUCAGAUGACCUUUACAUCAUCUGCCCUAUAGACCACAAGGUCUGAAAGGGGAACUUAACUUUGCUACUUACUCAUAUAGCAUGCUAAAGAAACACAUCAGUAUUUUGUUAUCUUUUAUUGUUAAGUAUGAAAAUAUGAAUCUUAAAUGCUUUUAAUCCAUCCAACAAAUUGAACUUCUCUUGAACAACAAUAAUUUUGAAAAAUAAAAAAAUGUUCAUACAGUUUUCAAUGCAGCAAGUGGAAAUAUACUUUAAUAGCAAGAGACUUAUUAACAUUUAGUGAUUCAAUAGCAGAGACUAUCUUGAAUUUCUAUAAUUUAGUUCCAAUAAUAAAAGCCAAAAUUCAUGUCAA